AUGGCUGUGCAAAUCAUCACCCCCCGAGGUGUUCUUCUUGGAAUUGGACUUGAUGCUGUUGCCAGGGAUCAUUUCAUCGAAUUCCUCUUCGAAAAUGGUCAUAUGAAUAUGCCUCGUGACGAUCCUCGUCUUUGGCGGCUCAUGUUUCCUCACCCUGGACUGCCAGGAGACCAUGACAGUCACUCAGGUCACACUGCCAGCUCAUCAGUUCUUCUCCCUCAACCACCAUGUCCUCCGUUGUCUCCACAGCCUCUACACCUUUCCUCCAUCAAAGAAACACUCGAAAAUGAAACUCAGACACACCAGGAUGAAGACAGAGCCCUUGGAGACCUCUCGGAGCCUGGAAUCAAUGCAUCGCACCCCAAAAAUGCUCGUUCUAUGCCUGUGGACUCGUCUGAGCCCCCUGUGACGCCUCACGAUGGUUCGCUGCCUUGGGAAGUGCUCGGACACACCUCUACGACCACCAGUGCCAACCCAAAUCUCGCUCCUGCUCCCACCCCUGAAUUUUGCUACAAGGUUGUCCUCAAAAACCCGAAUACUCAUAUCUUUGACUCCUCCAACCUCUUCUUCGGCUCCGGCGGCUCCCUGGACCCGCCAGACCUCGACAAAUGCUCGCAUCUCACCCUUACACAUGAUGAGAAGCAAUUUUUGGAAGAUGUUGGUCGGUACUUGUGGGGAGACAAAGAUUUCGAGGACGGUGUCGUGAUUCCAAUGUCCCUGCAUGAGGGAUUGUCUCUACUCGCACAUACAGCCCUGUCAUUCCCCAACUCAGUUUAUCGACUUAUCUUCUACGAUCCUGACUCUGACUCGAGCAAGUACACCACAAGCGACGAAUCAUCGAGUGAUGAUGAUAUGAACAUUUACGUGGACGACUCGGACAGCGAGGACUUCAAAAACACAGCCCCUCCUCAUGCUACAUCCACACCACCCCUUGAUUCAUCUCUGGUCAUUCACCACAACAUCUUGUGA